AAAUUUCCAAGGUACCCUACUCUGAGGCGGAAACCGAAGGCAAGGCUCGCGUUCCAGUUGAGGCGCACGGAAGGGUGGUCCAUCGAGAACCUUUCUCGCCAUCUCGCUGGGCGCCUCAACGCCUCCGACGUUGGGCUUCCGGCUAGCCGCCCCUGCUUUCCCACCGGCGGCCACCAGUACCAGAGGUAGGGAGUUGGUGUUGAAAAUUGUCCUUGAAGGAUGCCUAAGAUAAAGACAAGCCGUGUCAAAUAUCCUGAGGGAUGGGAGCUUAUUGAGCCCACACUUCAUGAACUAGAGGCAAAGAUGAGGGAAGCUGAAAAUGAUCCACAUAAUGGAAAGAGAAAGUGUGAAUCACUUUGGCCUAUCUUUAAAAUUGCACAUCAAAAGAGCCGUUACAUAUAUGAUCUCUACCAUCGGAGGAAGGAGAUAUCGAAGGAGCUGUAUGAGUUCUGCUUGGACCAGGGCUAUGCAGAUCACAAUCUAAUUGCAAAAUGGAAAAAGCCAGGUUAUGAGCGCCUUUGUUGCCUUAGGUGCAUGCAGGCACGAGAUCACAAUUUUGCAACCACUUGUGUCUGCAGGGUCCCUAAACUCUUGAGGGAAGAAAGCGUUAUAGAAUGCAUCCAAUGCGGUUGCAAGGGUUGUGCAAGUGGAGAUUAAUGAUUCUGUUUGAGCUAUAUUUUACUUGGUUUAUCUAUAAAUCACUGAAUUGAUAUAAACCAACCACUGGAACUUUCGGCUUGAAUCGUCUAUUGCGAAUUAGGUCUUUCUUGUAUUGCCCCAAGGAUGGUGCAUGUGAAUGUAGUGUCAGGCACUUAUUUGGUGAGCUUCUUGAUAAUAUACUAAGAGAUUGGAAGGCAUGCUCCACUGUCUUGCUGAUUCUGGAAUUCAUGUGGUGAGCCUCGCUGCUAAAUCACAGUAUUUUGAGUUAUUUUGCUAUAUUGGUGAGUUAUUUCCUGCACGUUCAAUGACUUGUUAAUUGUAUCUUAUCAAGGCUCAUCAAAAUCAUUUUUGUGACUUGUUAAAUACUAGAUGUCGCUUUUUUUUCUUUCACCUCUUUAUGUAGUUGAGGGCUAAAAUCUCAGUCAUACUGUAAGGUCUUGAUUCCAUAUUGUACAUCAUGCCAACUGGUAUUGUCAUGGGUAUCAUCUCAUUUUGUGAACCAUGAAUGGAUAUGGAUAAUGUCCCGUUUCAUACUGUACAUGAACAGUGAAUAGGUGGUAUGCAAGUUUUCAAACUUCGGC